AUGGCACCAAAAAUGCCAAAAAGCCAUCACCUGACUGGGCUUCCUAAUGAGAUCCUUUUGGACAUCUAUCAACAACUAGACCUGGACGGUGUUUUCAACCUUUGCGCCACCCACAGGGCUUUCCAUGAACUCUUUAACAAGAGGAAGGCCUCGAUCUUACUUCCUGUCCUUGUCAGAGAGUUCAGUCCGUUUGAUGAGCUCCUUCAGGUUUAUACGGCUUCAGUUGAGGAUCUUGAUUCCCGCGGUGGACUGUAUGCUCCGCGCAGAGUCGUGUUCAAACGAUUCCUUGGAGACACUGGAACGGUGCUAGCUCCGCGUUCAGAGCAUCAACCUGCUGCAUCAGCGGACGUUGUGGACGGCUUCAUCACUCUGAACAAGCCAGGCAAACCUAUCAUACCCCACGCUCAACCUCUGAAAACCGUUGUUUUGACCGAGAACGAUCUGAAGCCGCUUCUUGGCUACUGUUCCCUUGUGCUGAGAUGGCAAGCUAGAUUCCCUCAGAUGAGAUGGUUCCAUGAGCCCGAAAACUGUCGACUGCUUCGCGAACACGAGGCCGAGAGGUUCCGCAGAGCCAUGUAUCGAUGGUGGCUCUAUGGCUUCUACUUUCACGGAGACUUCCCCCGACCUCGUGUUGGUCUUCCAGAGCCUGGCGUGGAUGACGUUAGACUAAGUCAACUUCGAUUAUACUCUACAGGCGAGCUGGUAGAGCUGAUGGACCUGGUCGAAACCAUGAAGGAUGUCGUCCUCCACUAUCUGUGUCCGCGGCUUGACCCUAGUCAAGGCGAAUAUGAGGACUGCGAUUCGUAUCUCUUUGAUGUUGCCGACCGACCUGAAUCCCUGGCAAGAGGCUGGCGGGAUCAGAGCCGUUGGGGCCGUAUUGUAAAGACCUACUGCAAACUCGGCCCCAAAGAUCUUAUGCAUUUAUUUGAGAACAUCUAUAGCUAUCCUCGAAAACGUCUUAUCACGGAAGCUCGGUCCCUUCAGCCAAAUCUCACUUUCGACCAAGAAUCUAUCUCGGUGUCAACGCAGUGUGUCCUGGAUGAGCGACAGUGGUCGUUGAAUAUGCCUACUUUGCCUCUGGAUGGCCUAGGAGGUGUGAUUGACUGGGAUGAUGAGCGCGACGCUGAACGUGUCAAGUUUGGAAGUGAUGCCAGUCUGGAUGGGACAUUGCCAGGAGGAGCUCGGAUGCUUCGGCCUUCAUCUCACUACUCGCCUCGUGGGGAUGACGGAUCUUAUCUGGAGGAUGUCCAGCGACAGACAUGGAUCGAGGGCAGGUAUACGGUUUCGUUUGCUUAG